AUGGAGAAGCACCGCGCGGCGGCGCACGUGCGCGAGAUGGCGCGGGAGGCGAGCGCGGCGUGCGACGGCGUGCGGCUGCGCCGCGCGGAGCGGCUCGCGGCGGAGCUGGGCGUCGAGGCCGACACGGCGGACGCGGUUGCUGCCGCGUGGCGACGUCUGGACGGGUCGGUGCGGCGCAGUUUGCUCGACCUGCGGGGCCUCGCGGAGAGCGGGACGCUCGCGGAGUUCACGGCGGCGGCGGACGCGGCGCGGCGGCUCGCGGCCGGCGCGCAGCCGGAGGAGGAGGGGGGUGUUCGCACGAGUCAGGGUGCGCCGUCCGCGACGGGCGUCGACGGCGCGAUCGCGCGGUGCGAGUCCGCGAUCGCGGAGCGCGCCGCCGCCGCGCUCGAGCGCCUGCGGUCCGCCGCGGCGGCCGCGCCGAAGGCCGCCGUGCGCGAGGCCGCCGCCGCCGCACGCGCACUCGGCGUUGCGUCCGACGACAUCCUCCGCGCGGAGAAGGCGAUGGUCGAGCGCGACCGCGCGGCGGUCGCCGCGCUCAAGGCCGCCGCGGAGGCCGCGGAGUUCGACCAGCGGGCGUACCAGCGCGCGCUGAGUCAGGCCAGUAUGUUGGGGUUGGAGAAAGUGGUGUCCGCGGCGCAGGCGCACGUGGCCGUGCGGCGGCGCGCGGCGCAGAGCGAGCUCGCCGCGGCCGCGGACGCCGGCGACGCGCGCGCGCUGCGGACCGCCUCGAUGCGUGCGCGCGCGAUUGGCCUAGAAUCCGAUGCCGCAAAAGCCGAAUCUGCGAUCCGCGACGCCGUGAACAGGGCGGCGGCGGCGCUGGCGGCCGCGGCCGAGAAGGGCGCGCGGGCGGACGUGGAGGCCAAGGCGCGGAUCGCGCAGGGCGCGGGGGUGCCGCGGGGGCGGAUCGACGCGGCGUGGAGCACAUUUACGCGGCGCAUGCAGCGAGUGCGUGCCGAGAUGGGGGACGCGGCGCAGAGGGACGAUCUCGCGGCGUUCCGCGCGCAGGCGGCGCUCGCGCUGCCGCUCGGGCUCGAGGACGCGGCGCGGGCGGAGUGGGCGGGCGUGCAGGCGCGCCGGCGCGCCGGCGUUCGUGCGGUGCUGGACGUGGUCGCGGCGGCGUGUGCGGCGCUCCGGAGCGCGGCGGACGGCGGCGGAGACCCGGGCGCGGUCGAGACCGACGCGGUCGCGGCCGCGAUGGACCGCGCGUGGCGUGGCGGCGCCGCGGCGGUGGUUGUGGCUGCUGGCGAGGCGGUGCGAGAGCACCAGCGGGCAGCGGCGGUGCAGGCCGCGGGCGCGCUGCCCGUCGCGGCGGCGCCGGAGGUGGACCCGUGGUCGGACCUGGCGCGCGGGGGGCGCUUCGAGGACGCCGCCCGUCCGCCGCGCGCGGUCGAGGUCGCAACAGACCCCCUCUUGACUCAGGCGAGGGCCCUGGAGGUGUUCGAGGCGACGUCGGCGCACGCGGCGGGCGCCCCGAGCUGGUCCUCGGCGAUGCGCGUGUGCUGGCCGCCGGCGAGCGGCGCCGCUGCGCUCACGCUCGCGCGCUCCGAGUUCCUUGCCCUGGCGCCGCCGGCGCCGCGCCCGCUGCCAAGCCACGCGCACAUGGACUCGUCGUCGCCCGCGGCGGCGCCGCCCGCGGCGCCGGACGGGCUGCCCGUGCCGCUCACGGAGGCGGCGGUCCGCCGCGCGGUCUCGCGCGGGAAGCUUGCGGUACCCGACUGCGGCCUCACGUCGCUCGGGGGCGUCUCUCUCCUGGGCCGGUGCUGCCCGGACGCCGCGAGCCUGGACGUCAGCGGCAACCCGCUCGGCUCCCUCAACGGCGUCGCGGCGCUCACGAAGCUCCGGGAGCUCGCCGCGGACCGCUGCGGGCUCACAUCUCUUGCCGACGUGCGCCAGAUGACGUGCCUCCGAGUCCUGUCGGCGUCCGGGAACCCGCUCGGGCCGCAGGGACCGGACGUGGCGCAGCUGUCGUCGCUGCGCAGCCUCGCGCUGUCGAACUGCGGCAUCGCGUCGCUGGACCUGUCUGCAUGUCUGGAGUUGUCAAAGUUGGACGUGUCGCGAAACCGACUGAAGUCGCUGCACGGGCUGACGGCGUGCACCGCGCUGGUGCAUUUGGACGUCUCGCGGAACGAGCUCAUGAGUCUCGAGGGCAUCGAGGCCUUCCCGAUCCUGCAGGUCCUCGUGGCGUCCCGGAACCGCCUCGACGCGUUCCCGCCUCUCCGGAGCCCCCUCCUCAAAGAACUCGCCCUGUCCGGCAACUGCAUCAGCUGCGUACCACCGCUGCCCUUCCUACCGCACCUGGCCGACCUGCGCCUCGACGACAACGAUAUCGUCAGCGUCGCGCCGCUCCGCGGCCUCCCAUCCCUCCGCACGCUCAUCCUGUCGUUCAACGGCCUCGCGGACGCCGAACAGAUCGCUGCGUGUCUGGCGCAUGCCGGAACGCUUUCCGCGCUGCAGCUGAACGACAACCCGGUCGCGGCGCUCCCGGGGUACCGCGAGAGGAUGCUCGCGGCGCUACCGUGGCUCCGCGAGCUCGACCACGAGCCCGCGCGCGCCCCGGGGGGGCUGGCGGAUGCGCUGUCCGGCGGCGGCGUUGCGCUCGCGGUACAGCGCCACCUCGCGCGGCAGGGCCGCGCCCCGCGGGCGUGGUUCGACGCGCACGCCGCGGACCCCGCCGCGGGCGCGCUCGCGCUCGCGUGCGCCGCGGGGCAGCUCAACCCCCCCACCGACCACGUCGCUGCCAGCGACGCGUGGGACGCCGCUGCCGUCGCGGGAAUGGUCCGCGCGCAGGCGGACCGCCUCGCCGCGGUCGAGCCCGAGGUCCGCGGCGCGCUGCGCCCCGCCGCGCUCGCACCGCACCUCCGCACGCACCACCGGCAGUUGUCGACCGUGGAUCUGACGGCCCACCGCGCGGUGUUCGUUCCCUCGAACGCGUACCGCAAGCGCCGCGCCGCCGCGCUCUCCGCGGCCGCGACGACGAUUCAGGCGUGGUGGCGCGGCGCGCUCGCGGUCCGCCGCGCGACCGCGGCAGCGCGCGCGAAGGCGGGAGCGGCCCGGACUGCGGCCGCGGUGGUGCUGCAGGCGUGGUGGCGCGGCGUCGCGUGGCGCCGGGGCCCUGCGCUGCCGCGGCUGCGAGCGGAGAAGGCGCAGCGCGACGCCGAGCGCGAGCGCGCCGCGAGGGAGCGUGGGCUCGCGGAUGCACAACGCCAGCAACAAGCGCAGCUUCAAGCCGCCCACGCGGAGCGGCGGGCGCGCGCGAUGGCGAAGCGCGCAGCGAUGGCGGCGACGCGGAUCCAGGCGUACGCGCGCGGGUGGCUCGUGCGGAAGCGCCUGCGCGCCGCCCGCGAGCGGGCGCGCUACGGCGGCGACGGCGACGAUGACUUGGAGCUCAUCGACAUCGGCAACGACUUCCUGGCGCCGCCGCCGGACCUCGCGCUCGAGCUGGGGCUCGACUUCGAUCUCACGCGGCCGAUCGCGGCGGAGAUCUCGCCGAAGACGCGCCCGCGGCCGGCCGCCGGCGCGACGGCGCCCACCGGGGCGGCCUGGCGCGUGCCGCCGCCGCCCGAGGCGCCGCCGCCGCCGGUCGCGACGAGCAGCCCCGAGCCACGCCGCGUGCCGACGGGCGCGUCGUCGAUCCGCGCGCGGCUCCUCGCACGCGGCGCAGGAAAGCCCGUCCCGCCGCCGGCGCCGCGGUUCGCCCCGCCAGCGCCGUCGGCGUCGGCCGCGAGCACGCCGAUGGCCCCGAUCCUACCGCCCGCGCCCGCUCCGGCCGCGCCGCCGCCCGACCCCGCGCCGUUCCGGUCGCUGGACGCCGACAACGAGGGUGGUGCGCUGCGGGCGUCUGUCCCCGGGAUCGCGCCGGGCCGGUCCGCCGCGGAGUUCCUCGCGCGGAUCCGCGCCCGGGGCCUCGAGUCCGCUGGCUUCCACACGCCCGAGUCAGCCGCGGCCGCGGCGGCGCGUGCGGAGCAGCAGCAGCCACCGCAAGCAACGCGCUCUGUCGAUGCAACCCCCGCGCCGCCGCUCGACGCGGCGGCAGGGCACACCCCUGCGCGGUCCGGCGCGCCGCGCGGGAAGCCGCGGCCGGCCUGGUCCAACGUCGACGCCUCCGGCGACGUGCGCGGCGCCACGCCUGCGGGACUUGCCGGCGCGGACGCCCCGCACGCCGACGCAGCCGGGAGCUCGGUCCACGCGGCAGCGGCAUCUGCGCCGCGGGAUCCGCGGCGCGAGGCUCACGAGGCCAAGCUGCGAAAGCUCAUGCAAGAGUGGGGAUUCCAGGACUUGCAGACUGCCGAGCAUUACUACAAGGCGAGGCGGCGGCAGAUGAAGCAGAAGAACUCGCUGAAGAGCGCCGCGAAGCUCAAGGAUCCGCAGACGCGCCUGAACAUGCUGCGCAAGCACCUGGAGGACGCGCCUGUGCCGAUGCCCGUCGUGCGCGAGCGCCACCACGGCCCGGAACUGCCGCUGCACCGCGGGCGCGUCGUGACGCCGGAGGUCGCGCAGGGCUCGCCGACGCCGCGGUCGCUGCAGCCCGAGGCGAGCUACGGCGCCCCGCGGCACGGACAGCCGUCGCCGGGCCGACUGGCGGCAGUGGCGGCGGCGGCGGCUGCGUCCGCGCGGCCGAUGCCGUAUGAGGGUUUCGCGGCGGGGGCUGGGCCGAGUGGUGUGGGUGCGGGGCGGGCGGUGCGGGGCGGCGGGGCGACGUUCACGGACGGGGCGCCGCUCAGCAGUUAUAGUACCUCGACUGUUGGCGAGCCGGCGUUCAUGGACAUCGUCGGCAACGCGGUGAGCGCGCGUGCGCGGCAGGAGCUCAACCCUUGA